AGGCGGCAGAGCGGAGGUGACAGCGGAGAAUGGAGAGGAGCUCGUCCGCCCGGCGAGCUUUGACCGCGGCGAGCGAGGAGAACCCACUCGGUCCCUUCCUUCUGGAGCCAGCGUGCUGAAAGAAACCGGGAGGAAUUAACUGGGGGCAAAGGAAAGGAAUGGCUGAUCCUCUGCGGAGGACUUUACUAGCGAAACUCCGGGGGAAGAAAUCCAAGAAAGGAGCGACGGUCGGCGGCGGUGGAUACGGCUCCGCUGCUGCAGCGGCGGCGAAUGGGGGCCGAGAAGGUAAAGAAAAAGUUUUGCACACGCAGCGAGACUCCGGAGGGGCUCGCCCAGUAGUGUUGCUGACAGGGCUGGAUUGCACGACAGAGAGAAUGAGUACGUACGAGAAUUGUGUUGACGGGGCGACGGUGCAAGCAGCGGGGGUGAUAGUAGUCCGGGAGAGUCGCGCAGUAGAGUUGGCCGGCGUACGUCCCCGGGAGCGGAGCAGCGGGGGUAGGGUUCGGGUUAACGAGGAGCUCCUGGGGGUCUCACUUCAAAGAGACAUGCAGUUUGGGGGACGCGUGUUCAGGGAGGGAGACAGGAGCCACCCGGGGCCCAGGUCCGAUCACAAAAUCACGUUACCGGCGGGGGGGCCGCAUGUCCAGAGAAAACACUUCGUCUCGGUCCCGCGGCAGCGCAGCGUCGGGGAUUCGAUCGGGUUCGGGGACAAUUCGAACCACGCGUUGUACCGAGCGCAGGUAGAGGCGCACACCGGGGGCGGCAGACCUCCAGAGGUCCGGGCAACCGCGGCUGAUAGCGAGGAGACGGAGCCCAGGGACGGAGGACAGUCCCGGCACAUGGCAGGGACUGCGCUGGCUCCACACGAACACAACGCCGACUGGAGUUUUGACAACAACUCGACCUCGGAGACAAACUCGCCAAGUUGCGCGGCGACUGCGAACCCAAGCCGCGUGUCAAAACACACGGAAGAAAACAUGUUAAUCAGAAACAUUGAGAGCUACGAUCCAGAGUAUGCAGGCGACAUUAGAGGGACUCCAGUCGGUCUGCAGAGCCCGACGUUUUUCCCCACAGAGUUAGAGAUAUGCGACGUUAACAGGGCGUCCCUGUGCGCCGCAGAGGGCUCGCUCAGAUACCCCUUAGACAGCGAAGAUGAGGAUUAUUAUGAUAAUGAAAUUCUGCCUUUUUAUGAAACUGUUAGAGCAAAAGCCGAUGGGGAUAGAGGAGAGGGCGCAGAGCUGCCACAGUCUGGUCAGGACAAAGGACAGCCCGAUGACUGUAACAGUGCUCAGGAAACAGACAGGCUUAGGAACCAGCUGAAAGAAGCUUAUUACCUUCUCAUCAAUGCUAUGAAUGAUAUCAACCUGGAUGUGCAGCAGAUUAGCGGUGGUUUAACUGAGCAGCAGGCCGCCUCCUCCUGUAGUAGCCACUCCAGAGACAGUCUGUGCUCGCGGCUGUCUGCCAAAAACACAGGGGACAGUGACUCCUGGUCCUCAGGGGGAGACCACAGCCCCCAGCAGGUGUCGGACACUGACUCACUCCUGCUCUGCCUCGGCGGGAACUUUGAGUCAGGGCUCAAAAGUAGGCUGACUAGUAAGAGUAUGGUGGACCUGUCUCUGACCGAGACAAGACCCUCAUUGCUGCGGUCUGCUAGUGAUGGAGCUAUCAGGUAUCCAGGUGGACUCUCGGUUUGUAUUCAUGUCCCUGGAACACAGAAUCCAGAAGCCUGUAAUGAUAAAGAGGCUGCAGAGGCUGCAGAGGCCGAAGGGGCUAAAGUCGGAAGAGCGGGCGAGCUGUCGGGCCACAGUGCCAUCAGCAGUGAUGAGCUGCUACACGAUGCCGGUGGUGAGGAGGACCGUGGCGGGCAGCUCCAUGAGAGCAGCGGCUCGGUCAACAGCCUCACCGGUUCCUCAGACAGCAACGCAGAGGCAUCGGUGCAUCAGGGUCACGCCAGCAGGCAGGAGCUGAUGCGAGUCCGAGCUCAGGGGGCCAACUCUGUCAACAAGGGCCACGGUGUCACCGUCAACAAGAUGCAGGAGUGGAUGCACAAGGGCCGCCUGCUGUCUUCAGAGAUGAAGCAGCGAAUAGAGGGCUCAUCCUUGCCCCGCGGCAGAGGCCAAAACCAGGACCGGUCCUGUCCGCAGGCUAACCUCGGAGGCUCUAAACCUGGGGUCCAGACAUCCGGCCCAGGGGCUAAAUCUGCCAAGGCAAAAUCACCUACACACAAGUCACCGCGGCAGCAGCAGCAGCAGCAGCAGCCAGCUUUCAUUGAAAGUGUCCAAACCCCCUGUGCUAAUGGCCGUGAGGGGGGCAGAGCCGCCGAGCCUUCGUCGUGGAGGCAGCCGCUUACCACCAUCACCGUCUCCAAGAAGCGCAACUGGCUGCAGCAGAGCUCCCUUGGGAAGAAUCACUGCACCAAGGACGAGCUGCAGGGAAUGCUGGGAGCUGAGGAGGAGGGCAGUCACUGCUCCCAUCAGCCUCCUCCUCCUCCCAGUCCCUCCCCAGACCACCUGAGACCCUCAGGGGGGGCGCCACCGCAGCCAGUCCGCCUACAGCUGCCUCAGGUCAGCGUUGGUCAGGCCAAGGUGUCUGCUCACCCUCGGAGCGUGGACCCAGCCGAGGAGAACGAUGCAGACGACGAAGGAGAGAUCUGGUACAACCCAAUCCCUGAGGACGACGAACCGGAUAUGUCUCACCGACCCUCCAUUCGGCUGCUGGUCCCCCGUCGAACGGAGCCAGAGAGGAGGCCCAGCAGGGGAGGCGAUGCGGGUCACAGUGGCAGGACCCUGGAGGUCGGCGGUGGCGCGGGGCCGGAGGCGCUCGGUGAAGGCCAUGGUGACGGCCCAGGAGACGGGAGUCAGGGGAAUGCUGUACAUUCCACAGAGGCACUGCAUCUGCACAGACAGAUGCUCGCGUGCAAACCUCAAGAGGAGGGGGGGCCUUCCAACAGCAGAGCCACAGAUGGUCCUGAACUGCCCAAUGUUGUCGGCUUCUCCCCUCCCUCCAGCCCAAACCCGGCCAAGAAGAGCAGCUCCAUCAACUGGUCCUUCCCAGACAAGAUUAAGUCCCCACGCACUGUCAGGAAGAUCUCCAUGAAGAUGAAGAAGCUCCCGGAGCUUAGCCGGAAACUCAGCGUCAAGGGGACCCCGAGUGGCAGUAACAGCAACAAUGGCAACGGAAGCAGUCAGUUGGAGCCGAGAGCCCAUUCUCCCCGAAACAACGGGAUUGGGUCGGAGGCUGCCCCCCAGUGUUCAGGCCCUCCUAGAUUAGCGACAUCUGGGGGUGGGCAGGCGAGCCGUAAUGUGAUCUCGCGGUACCACCUGGACAGCAGCGUGUCCACACAGCACAGCUUCAGCAAGAAGAAAACUAAUGGCAGCUCAAAGUCCGCCAGUAAAGGUGGAUACCUCAGUGAUGGUGACUCACCAGAGCUGGUGGCCAAAUCUGGGAAGCACGGCUCUGCAGAGGGGAAAGGAGGGAAAGGCAAGGAGAUGGAAGGUUGUGCAAGCUCGAAACUCAAUGGCACAGAGCUGGACAUUGAUGCUUUCCGCCAUUACAGCUUCACAGAGCAGCCCAAGUGCAGCCAGUACAUCUCUGGACUCAUGAGCCUGCACUUCUAUGGUGCUGAGGACCUCAAACCUCCUCGCAUGGACUCUCGAGAUGUCUAUUGCGCCAUCCAAGUGGACUCGGUUAAUAAAGCACGAACCGCUCUCCUCACAUGUCGUACUACCUUCCUAGAUAUGGACCACACCUUCAACAUUGAGCUGGAGAACGCCCAGCACCUGAAGCUGGUGGUGUUCAGCUGGGAGCCCACGCCGAGACGCAACCGUGUCUGCUGCCACGGCACGGUGGUCCUGCCUGCACUCUUCCGGGUGACGCGUUCCCACCAGCUGGCGGUGAAGCUGGAGCCACGGGGACUGAUCUAUGUCAAGCUGAGCUUGAUGGAACAGUGGCAGAACUCGCUGGACGGUGGGCCUGAUGGAGACAGGGAGCCCCAGGUGUUUGGUGUGGAGGCGUGGCGGGUGGUGGAGAGGGAGAACACGGGACUGAUGGUGCCACUGCUUAUAAGCCAGUGCAUCAAUGAGAUUGAGAAGCGAGGCUGCCAGGUGGUGGGUCUCUACCGUCUGUGUGGAUCUGCAGCAGUAAAGAAGGAGCUACGCGAGGCAUUUGAGAGAGACAGCCACGGCGUGGAGCUGUGUGAAAACACGUAUCCUGACAUCAACGUCAUCACAGGGGUACUGAAGGACUACCUACGAGAGCUACCCUACCCUCUUAUCAACAAGCCGCUGUACGAAGCCGUGCUGGAGUCCAUGGCCGUGAGGCCUCUGCGCAUGGGAGCAGCGGGCUGCGAGAAUGACCAGGCCGACUCAGAGCACACCGUCGGCCUGCUGGAGAACCUGCCAGAGGUGGAGAGGAUGACGCUGCGGAAGCUUCUUGACCACCUGAAGCUGGUAGCAUCCUACCAGGAAGUGAACAAGAUGACGUGCCAGAACCUGGCGGUGUGCUUCGGUCCGGUGCUGCUCAGCCAGCGCCAGGAGGCGUCCUGCCACACCAACCGCGUCUUCAUCGACUCCGAGGAGCUGGCCAGCGCUCUGCACUUCAAAAAGCACAUCGAAGUACUGCACUACCUGCUGCAGCUUUGGCCAGUCAUAGACCCACAUGGCCAGUCCUCCUUCCAGCCCCCUGCGGCCUCUUUGGCACCGGCUUCAUCAGACCUGCUGUCGGCUCCUCCUCUACGGCGGAGAAAAGAGCGACCCCAGGUCCUGAACCUCACUGAGGCGGAGAUGGCGGGGGUUCUGCGGCCCAAACCGGGGCGCCUGGACAGCCCCAGCAACCGCUACGCUGGUGACUGGAGCGGCUGUGGCGAGAGCUACUUCCCCUCUGAAAUUCUGCUGCCUCCCAGCAAAGAGGAGGCGGACUAUGAUGACGUUCCCUCUGAGGAUACAGAGGCAGCUGAGGAGGGGCAGGAGAAGCCUGAGGACGGAGAGGAAGAUAAAGGGCAGAAGGUCACAAGCCCUCCGUACGAUCCCGCUGAGCAGGAGCAACCUCCAAGAGAGGAGGUGCUGAAGGAGGAGGAAGAGGACAUUGAGGAGGAGGAGGAGGAGGAGGAGGAGGAGGAGGAGGAGAAGCAAGGAGAGAGUGAUAGUUCAGGCAAUGGGCAGCCAUUAGAAAACGAGGAGGAGGAGGAGAGGGUGUGCGACCACAUCCUGCCGCCUCGGCUGCCCAAAGAGCACACCUACCAGGCCUACAUGAAGAUCCAGGACAUCAGCCCCGUGCUGAGCAACAGAGUCAACCUGAGAGACCUGCAGGAGAGCAUCGACACUCUGAUAGGUAACCUGGAGAGAGAGCUCAACAAGAACAAGCUCAACGUCGGAUACUGACUCCUACCACCGUCUCUCUCACACACACACACACACACACACACACAUCCACUCACACACACACUCACAAAGCCUGAUGAGGUUAGGGGAAGACCUUCUUUUCCGAUCAAGGUGCUUCAGGAUACAGCCACAGUGUUUCCAUGGAGAUCCUGAGGUCACCAUGGCAACGUGGCGUGCAGUGCUGCUGUAAAAACCUAGAGGAUGAGAUGAGAAGAAAUGUAACGGGGCACUUCUGGCGUUUGUACCGUACCCAUAGACAUUCCUAAUGUUUUUAUUUUCCUUUGAUUUUGUCGACUGUCUUACUUUAUGUUGUUGUUGUUGGUUUGUUUCAGUCCGGUUCUGUGUUCCAUGUUGUUAUUGUUGCUUCUCUUCUUAUUAGAAGAACCCAUUGACCCCUCAGGGGUUUAAAAGGUGCCUUAAUUGUGUGAAGGUGGUACGUCGAGGUGAAAAUCCACCCUGGAAUGAAAUGCCUCCCCUCCUAUGAUCUUGACACAGUGUUGGCAACCAACAGGAUAAUCUCUGUGAAGACUUUUUACAUUGAAAAAGGCAACAGUAUGUUAUAUUUUUUGGCAGGUACGAAUCAACCCCUGGGUACUAUGGGGUUCUAAUCAUGUAACCUUUUAAGCGGUGAUACUGAUGCCAAGUUACUCAUGGACUGUAUUUAUCCACUUCUAAAAACUGAGCAUUUUCAUACCAAAACUUCUAUGUGCUGCCAGAGCUUCGCCAAUCCUCGGCAGAAUCUGAAGCAGCAUUUGGACGUGGGACACUUCCACAUCUAGUCAGUGGUAGGAAAAAAAUCUGGGAUUCAUUAGGCCUUUCAAUUAAGAAUUGGUUUCUAACAAAAAUAUGUAAUUAGGUAAUUAAAUCAAUAAAAAAGAUGUGCAAAGAAGACAAAACCAUCCUGCUGGUCAAGGCAGGCCCUAUAUCGUUUUUUGGAAGCAGAAGAAAUAGGUUCCCAUAUUUUUCUAAACCCAAUAUUGACCAGAACAUUAGCCUCUAAUGCUGAAUGGAAAAAAUCCAGGACUCCAGAGUUCCAAGCUUCAAGUUUCAUCUAGUUUCUAGCUUCUUAUCUUACUAUUUAUUAAAUGAGAUACUCCAGGGAUUUAAAAUUGCUUUCAGAGAUUUACAAUAGACAGAUUAAGAGCAGAGUGGUCAAAAUCGAAGCAGCAGAGGCUGAGAGAUCCUGAUUUUUAUGGGUCCAAAACCCUAAAACUUUGGGUCCCACAUUUCAUCCUAGAUACAAAAUGUUUUGUUUUGUUUUUUUUAACUUCAGGAAAACUCCCCCCAGAGCCAUAGUAUUAUAAAACUAUUUCCUAAGGUUGAGUAGAACUCCUUUUGAUGAGUAAACUGAACUUCAUGUGUAAAAUUGGUGGAGUGUUCCUUUAAUGCAAACCAAGAUCAUAGAGGGAAGUUGUGCAGAUUCUGUUUCAGGGUUUGGGUUUUCCUUUUUAAGGCAGCGGAGAGCUUUCGUAUUGAGGUAUGAAACACUAAAUGUUGUACAACAAUAAUGCACUUAUGAGGCAGGCAGUAGUGUAGAUUGUCAUUAUAGAUCAUGCAUUAAAAAAAUAUUGUGGCCGUAGACUGAAUUGAGGGAGAAGCAGCUGCCACUGAAACCUCCUCUUGAAAGAAUUUGGGUUGAAAUUUAUUUGCUUUGCGCAAGAUUUUUCAAUGUUUAGACACCCGUCUACAGCAUUACACACGGCUGUCAGAGUUGGAUAUGAGAUAAGGGGAGAAACGGUCGUCUUCUCUUGCCGAGAGUCAGAUGAGAAGAUCGGUAUCCCUCUCACGUCAGUACGCUCGAUAUUAAGCAAGAGCCGGAGGAGCUUUAGCUGUGAAACUGACCCGUGGCUCCGUCUUGAUGAUACGUGAGCCGAACCUCUGACUCUUGUGUCAGUUUUCCCCUGUGCGCUGGUUAAGCUUCUUUAUCCGUCAACCCCUUGUCCAAAGGUAAAACAGAGCUUUCUUCCAGCAUCCCUGGAUCUCACUUAUUAACAAGUUAUAUCUUGUUUGUUUAACUCAUACAAAAAAAAAGAAGUUCUUUAUGCUAAGCAAGGCAUCUCCUGGCUCCGGCUACAUAUUUACCACACAGACAUUAGCGUGGCAUCGAUCUUCUCAUUUAACUCUUGGCACGAAACUGAAGAGGCCUUUUCCCCAAAACAUCAAACCGGUCCUUGAAAAUCCUUCUUACUCUCUCGGCUUUUGGCAAAAGCGUGAAACAGAAACAGCCCAAAUGUGAAGCACAAUUUUCAGAGCAGCAGAAGAAACCGCUAGUGGUGGGCUUCAGUUAGUACAACUUAGCUAGCUGCCUAAAUCGACAGAGGACGCUUUCAGCAAUCCAGGGAUUCAGAAUGAUCAGUAUUUAACCUAUAUGUAUGUGUAUAUAAUUAUAUAAAUGUAUUCGGAGUAUAUUAUUUUUACAGCUUUUAUUUCAAUGGCGUAUUUAAGUACUUCCGAUGACCUCGUAGUGUUGACUUGUAGCAAUAGUCGCUUUUCCUCCCCUCAAGCUACCUGUACACAUCUUAAUGUGCUGGACUAAUGGUACAACUCUAGCUGUAAAAUAUAUGAUAAAAUCGUGCUCUUGCAGAAAAGUGAUAUUGUUAUUUUUGUUAUAUUGUGUAUAUAUUUGACAUUGUUUUGUGUCUCUGGUGGACUAAGCUGUGUUCAUGUUUUUUUUUGUUUUUUGUUUUUAAGGUACUGAACGUUGCAUGGUCAAAAGCUUUACUGACAUAAACAAGGCUCUUUCUCAUCUGCCUUUGUAUGUGAUAUUUAUGUGUAAAAAGACUAUUUUGUAAUGUAUGCUUGUUUGUUCGUCACCGUGUACCUCCAAUAGACAGAUAAUUGCAUUGUUCAAGCUUUUCUCCAGAGGACUUUCAGGCAGACAGUGAAUCAGUUUGGUGCAGUUCCGACUGGGCAACUCUCCAAUUACUUUCUCAACUAAUCGUUUGGUCUGUGAAACGCCAAACAAAUUGUGAAAACUCAUAAUUUUUCCAGUCACAAUUCUGAAAAGCCCAGUGUGACAUCUUCAGUGUGCUUUCUUUGUUCAACCCGCGGUUCAGAAGUCAAAUAUAUUCAGUUUACUGUCACAUAAAAAUAAGAAUAAAAACAGCAAAUCUUCAGAAUUUACAAGCUUAAACUUGUGAAUUCUUGCUUGAAAAAUGACAAUGAAUAGAUUAUCAAAAAAUACUUGUCUGUAAGUUUUUUUGUCAAUCAACUAAUUCUUUCAGCUCUAAAAUAUAUAAACCUAAAACAUGGACGCAUAUCCCUGUCCCAUCCAACCCACCUCUAUACGACCACUGCCAAAAAUGUCCAUCUGAUGUCAUCAUCUACACACUUAAACCAGUGGAAAAAAUAUGACGACGAGACAUUUUCACUUUUAUGUGAUUCAAAUCAGAAUCACCUUUAAUCAAAUGUUAUGUUCUGGAGGAGAAACCGGACUGACCACGAGUGGAUUUGUCUCAAAGAUGGACGUUUGGGGUGGAGUUUGCGUUUUUAUCUUCCCACGUUUUUUCCAUUUUAUUUUUACCCUGUUUAUUUUCUCACUCUCGUUCCACACCCCGCCCCUCCCGCAUGGUAUCUGUUCACGACCCUGCUGCUUCAUGGUGAAGCUGGGGCUGCUGCUGUCAGUCUGAGCGGGUCUGGUGAAAGUGAGUUUCAGCAGGGUUCCUUUCAAACCAUCUGUCUGCCCGUGCAACACAAAAACAACCGGGGCCCCAUUUAAAAAAAAGUCGUUGUGGAGCAUCGGCCGCGCUUUUGCUCGCUUUUAGAUCCUUUAUUGAAAUUUGAAGAUUGUUUUUCAGAUCCGUAAGCUCCUUACACACUUUUCAAAGAUCCAAUUUGACGGAGAUUUUUUUUUUUUUUUUAUCGAGGUUGUCAGAGUGAUACUCAAAGGACACACUGAAGUUAGAAGUCAGUGUCUUUUAUGGCUUUAUGACUUGACUUUUUGACUUUUCCGGAUUCUUACUGACACAUUAAACAGAAAUUGAAACGCUUAUAAUAGAGGUCUUAAUUCAGCACGAAGCCUGUUUCGGGGCAAAACAAUCCUGUUAAAUCUGUUGGUCAGCUGCAUCCUGCAGGGAUGCCAGGCAUGCCGUCUUGGGACAGAGCCACAACCGCUCAAAUCUAACUGCUGAAUGGAAUAAGAGCAACAUCCAGUUUCAUUAUCAAUGCAUUCCUCUCUGUCUUAUCCUCUGAGCUUCUUCCUCUGUCUGUCACGGAAGGAAUCAAUAGUAAACACCUGCAAUAUUUUUUUCACGUUGCAUCUAUCUGUCUCGUCCUCUUUGUCCUUUGGAGAGAAAAAUGCCACGUGGAAACGAUCGCUAAACAAAACAGAAAAUUGCUUUGUAUGGAUCCUGAGAAAUGUUAUG